CGUCGCGAGGUGAGGCUUUCUUAUCCCAGCUGUCGUUAUUAUGUAGCGCAUAGUUUGUGGUGGAAAAAAAGCUGCGGCGGCGGCGUCUGGGUUUGCGUUAAAUUUUAUGAUCUUUUACAACUGAUCCAUCGGCUCGAAUCUGAUUUCACAGCCAUGUCAACUGGACCUACACAUAAACAUCGUUAUAAAAAUGUAGGAUUAGAUUCACAAGAAUUACGGAGACGCAGAGAAGAGGAAGGAGUUCAAUUAAGAAAGCAAAAACGUGAGCAGCAGUUAUCAAAACGUCGCAAUGUCCCUAACAUUGUUGCGGAUGAAGAUAAUGUUACAACUACGGAUGAAUAUUCACUUCCUACAGCACAAUCGCAAUCUCCUGGUAUUAUAACAACUGAAAUGGUAGAUGCGUUAUAUAGUCCUAACAUACAAGAUCAAUUGAAUGCAACACAGAAAUUUAGAAAAUUAUUAUCAAGAGAGCCAAAUCCUCCUAUAGAUGAAGUGAUACAAACGGGAAUUGUGCCACAAUUUGUUCAAUUUCUUAAAAAUAAUACAAAUUGCACUCUGCAGUUUGAAGCAGCAUGGGCUUUGACAAAUAUAGCAAGUGGUACGUCACAGCAAACACGUAUUGUAAUAGAUGCAGGAGCUGUUCCUACUUUCAUUUCUUUACUUGGUUCUGAAUAUGAAGAUGUUCAAGAACAAGCUGUCUGGGCAUUGGGCAAUAUUGCAGGGGAUAGUCCCGAAUGUAGAGAUCAUGUAUUAGCCAACGGUAUCCUCACUCCACUGUUGCAAGUACUUUCGAAAGCAACGCGUCUCUCUAUGACCCGCAAUGCGGUAUGGGCAUUAUCAAAUUUAUGUCGGGGAAAAAAUCCAGCACCGGCUUUCGCAAAAGUCGCGCCAUGUCUACCAGUGUUAGCACAUCUUCUUAAUCAUACUGAUUACGAUGUACUCGCUGAUGCUUGUUGGGCGCUUUCUUAUUUGAGCGAUGGUCCAAAUGAUAAGAUACAAGCCGUUAUCGAUGCCGGUGUUUGCAGGCGCCUCGUAGAACUUCUUAUGCAUGAACAGAAUAACGUAAUAAGCGCAGCUCUUCGUGCUGUAGGAAAUAUAGUUACUGGAGAUGAUGUGCAAACUCAAGUUGUAUUAAAUUGUUCAGCAUUACCAUGUCUAUUGCAUCUUUUAAGUUCACCGAGAGAAAGUAUUCGUAAAGAAGCUUGUUGGACAGUUUCUAAUAUCACCGCCGGCAAUCCGCAGCAGAUACAAGCAGUGAUCGAUACCAAUAUUUUUCCGGUUUUAAUUGAAAUUUUGAGUAAAGCUGAAUUUAAAACACGUAAAGAAGCAGCAUGGGCAAUUACAAAUGCUACUAGCGGUGGAACAGCCGAUCAAAUUCGAUAUCUCGCAAUGCAGGGAUGUAUUCCACCAUUAUGCGAUCUACUUACAGUUAUGGAUGCCAAAAUUGUUCAGGUCGCGUUAAAUGGAUUAGAAAAUAUUUUGCGUUUGGGAGAAAAAGAUGCACCUAUGCAUAAUGGUCUUAAUCCUUAUGCAGUUCUUAUCGAAGAAUGUUAUGGCCUAGAUAAAAUAGAAUUCUUGCAAUCUCACCAAAAUAUGGAUAUUUAUCAAAAGGCCUUUGAUAUUAUCGAACGAUUCUUUGGGUCUGAAGAAGAAGAUACUAGACUUGUGCCCUCUAUCGAUUCACAAGGACAGGAAUAUCAAUUUACUGCACCAGAUUCUUCCCAAUUACCUGUGCAAGGCUUUGAAUUUUAAUCAACUAUAUUUAAAUUCUAAAUAUAAUCUUAUUUCAUUAAGUGUUAUUUGUUCUAUGGGGUUUAUAGUAUCUCUAAAAUCGAUACAUUGACAUAAAACAUGAUUUUACAUAUUUGCCCAUAUAACUUCAAUUUAUUUGUAUCAAAAAUACUAAUGAAAUAACGCAAAAUUAUCUAUUUUUU